CGUCAUAUAACGUUACCUAGAAGCAGGAUCUUGAGGAAUGAGGGAACAGACGAAAGAAUGGCGAAAUGGGACUUAUCAGUAACGAGACUUAACAAUGUACUGGCGUUAAAGGAGAAAAAUGGCGGUUGGAAACCAGAUAAAACUAACUUAAACAUAUUGGAAACAAAAGGAUUUAUCAUAGGAGAAAUUGUUGGAGAGGGGAAGUAUUCAAAAGUAAAGAAAGCAUUCUGCACCAGUACCAAAGAAACAGUUGCAAUCAAAAUUAUUCACAAGUCCCGAUUGCGCCCAGCAGAUUGUCAGAAGUUCAUCCCAAGAGAAUUAGAAAUGUUGAGAACAUUGCAACAUCCUGGAUUGUUGGAUGUCAUGCAAUUGUUUGAAUGUGACCGAAUGUUUUACAUCACCAUGGAAUACGCACCAAAUGGAGACUUAACAAAUUUCAUAAAUAAACUUGGUUGUUUAGGUGAAGCAGAUUCACGACGUUUUUUCAAGCAACUGCUGGAUAUUGUUGCUUAUCUCCAUGAGUGUAAAAUUUGUCAUCGUGACAUAAAAUGUGACAAUAUUCUGUUGGAUAGAUAUUUUAAUGUUAAGCUGGCAGAUUUCGGUUUUGCGAGGACUAUGCCAAGCAACAAGUUGCUGGAAACCAAUUGUGGUUCUUAUGUUUAUACGGCACCGGAAGUUAUGGAUGGCAAUCACUAUGAUGGAGUCGCAGCCGACAUAUGGAGCAUGGGAAUAUGUUUGUACUCUAUGCUAUGUGGUAGGUUACCGUAUCGUGACGACGAUAUCGAUAUCCUCAGGUGCUGCAUGUCAGAAAAGUUACACUUCUUCAAAUAUAUUUCCAAAGAUGGUCGGGAUUUGAUAAAGCAGAUGUUGAAUAUCGAACCAGGGAAACGUCCAUCAAUAUCCUCCAUAUACAAACACAGGUGGAUGUGUAAACCUCUAAAAGGAACAGGAGAUUCAUUUGUAUCAGCUAUGGCUAUGAAGGCUGUUACCGAAAACCAUGUGGAUAUUGAUACAUCUGCUGAACAUGGUUUCAACUGUGACCAACAUAGUAAUAUAGUUAGAUUGUCACGUGUUAAGGAUGUUUUAUCAGCUGUUGCAGCGGUUCACGGCACUGGUACUAGUUCAGUUGACCUAACUAAAAUUCCACAGAUACCAGUUGAUUCAGCAGCAGCAUUUACAGGAGUUACUGGACCUGUUGGCAGAAAGUUAAGUGAGCAAUUAAUGGCAAUUACUGAAGGUUCAGCUCUUGAUAUUACUCCAAAACAAAGACCUGGUGUUGGCGGAAACAAAUUCAGCAAUGCCGUCAAAACAUUGAACAAAUUCAAGAAUGCAGCAAAAGUCAUCACCGCUAUGAACCGGUUCCGACGUGGUCCAUUGACUUCUAUUCUGAAAAUGCCACAGGAAAAAGCAUUGCAUAUAAUAGCAGAGAAACAUAUUGAAGACACCGAACACGACAAGAAAUUACUACACUCUUGUCUCGGUGGUAGAGUGGCUAAACAGUGUCUACAACAGAAACAUGAAAAAUAUGAAAUCCAAAUGAAACCAGUACGAGAACAUAUUGAAAAGGUGAAAGAAGAAACCGAGAAAAAAGAUUUGCUGUUCUCUACUGUUUGUCAUUUAAUACCUGAUGCAGCAAACUCUGAUAAUGAAUAAAAUGUUAAUCAAGUUA